AUGGAGACUCGCGCCGGCCCUAGCACGGCUGCACCGAACCCCGCAGCGCCGGCCUCGCCGGAAUACUCGCCGGUGAUGGACUGGAUACUCACGGGCCCGGUGCCGCCCAUGCUCGGUGAAGACGAAAACUUCGCGGCCGCCCUUGCUCCGCCCCCGCUGCCGCUCUUCUGCCCCGUACACGGGUACGGGCCGUGUCCGGCGAGGGAUGGCACGGCGCUGCUCCUCCUCCCAUCUCCGACUCCUCCUGCGCCGGGCACUGAAGCCGCUCCACCGGUUGCGGACGCCGAGCCUCCGGCCGCCGACUUCGCUCCCCCUCCGGCCGAUAAAGAUAAUGGCGAGGUCGUCGACGACGUCCACCCGGAGGCGAGGCGCCUCCACCGCAAGUUCGUGGCCGCCAUGGCCGCUCACCGUCCCGGACCGGCCGCCGGCGGUGGGGACCCGGAGGUCCUUGGCCUCUCCUCCUCCAACGAGGGGGGGCCACCCUCCCUCUGA